GCUCUUUGUAGUCUUAUAUGGGUGACCAAUCUAUAUGAUUAUGUACAUCAUUGGUGUUGCCUGAAUAUUUUUUUAGGUACUACUUUGUAAAUAUACUAGAUUUUAUAAAAAAAGAGCAUUAGUUUACAAUCAUUAUACAACACUUUUCAAUCUAGUUAUAGAAGGUCCUACGUUUGUGUAAAACGUAAAUAAAACCGAAGAAGAAAAAAUCAAAACAAUAAACAAUUAUAAAUAGAAAGUUAAAAUUUACAUAUCAAUAGAGGUUAAACAAUAUUAUAAAUGUAUUAGUAACUAUUUUUGUAUUUAUAAAAUGUUUAUUCUAUCAGACGAAGUAUUAGACAAAUUACUUUGUUCAGCUUGUUUUGAGUAUUUAUCUGUUAGACCAGUUAAAAUUUAUAGAAGAGGGGUUAUUAAAUGUGGCCGAUGUUCUGAUGAUAAAGACGACGGAAUCGUUUCUAUGUACGAAAAUCUUAUCGUAAAUGGACUGUUUCCUUGCAUCAACAGAUACGAAGGUUGUACACAGUUACUGGCUUACUCGGAAGUUGCGGCACAUGAAAAGGACUGUUCAUCAAGUUGCUACAGCUGUCCAAUAUGUUCAUCGCAGUUUACUUCUUAUCACUUCGUUAGACAUUAUAAAAAUGAUCAUUCUAACGCAGUUUUGGAGAAACCGGAAAUAAUUUUAACAAAACAAAGAGAAUACGAAAAUUACUAUUUAUAUAAGGAGAAUGAUUUUAUUUUCAUUCUAUACGCGAGAUGUAAUUUAGCGGAAAAGUGUUUUUUUCUAAACGCCGCAUGUUUGGGUCGUCUUGAAAGAGUGGGUCGUAUUAAACAAUACGUUAAAUGUUAUUUGGGUAAUUUUAAAGAUACAUUAUUUUUGCAGACCAGAAAGCGGGAUUGUUCGCUCAUUGACAAUAAUUCAGAAUCUUUUAAAGUACCAUUUCCUGAUAAUACAAAUUUAAUUUCAAUAAGCUUUCAUUUCGAUAAAACUGGAGUUAAUAUUUUAAACUGCAUAAGUAAUAACGCAAUCGUUAGGGUAGGAAAUGAAAGUGGUUGUACUACAGAUAUUGUUGGGUUGCAUAAUGAAUAUCCCAAAAUGUUUUUAAGUGAGGAAUAUAAACGCCAGUAUCCAAAUCAUUAUUUGUCCCCUUGUGGUACUAAACUUUUGAUAAAAGAAAAUAAUAUUGUUAAAGAAUUUCCGAGAAUUUGCGAAUUUUGCGAAAAUAUUUUCCCGAUUUCUAUAUCAUCGACUUUAUUCAGGUGCGAAUGUAACCACGUCUUUUGCUCCAUUUGUUUCGCCAUAGAACCAUCUUGUUGCAACACCAAGGUCACCCAAUUGAAACCUUCUCAUUUCGAAUCGAAAAUCUACAGAUCGUUAUAUUUCUAUUGUAGAUGGAACUGCGCCAGGUUUUAUUGCGGUACCGAUUUGAGGUACCAUGAAGAUCAUUGUAAAGAAAACGUGGACGCGCAGGAUUUGCCGAGCACGUUGGCAUUGCGACAUUUUAAUUUUUAUUUGAGCGACGCGAAAAGUCAUUCGGUUUCGAGAUCGAACAUAUUCUCGUUUAAGCAGUACAAUUUUAUGAAUAGGCAAAAAAUAUUCGUGAUUACCAGAGAUUAUUUCAAGUUCGUGUUGCAUUCUAGUUUCGAGAAUAAGAUGUUUCAUUUUUGGGUUUCACACGACUAUCCGGGGGAUAAGUAUUAUAUUCUGUUUAAAAUUAGGGAUAAAUUUGUGGAUUAUUUUCGAGUUAAUACGUUCAGCAUAGACAAUGCUCAUAAUAAUAUUUUAGCUUUUGCUGUUUUGUUGAGAAAAAUUGUUUAAAAUGAUUGUCAACUUGCUGAAUAAAUUGAGAAUUGUAAUUGUUUUGCAAAUAGACAACUUAAGAAUUAAUAAUAUCCUAGAAAUUAACUAUAAAAUAUACGCAGCCCCGCUUGUUCCUAUUUUGGUAGUGGUGGGAGUGUUUUUACAAAUAACUGUAAAACUGUUGGGAAAUGAAGAAAGUGGUUUGGGAAUAAAUACCAGAACUCCGAACGCAAUCUAAUAUACAGUAUCCCAAAAAAAUUUAUACACGAGAAAAAGUUUUGUUUAAAAAUAAAAAUAAUUAUUCUUGAUAAAAUGUUAUUCUGCAUCACUUGAAAACCCAUAAACAUUAAAUUUUUUGGAACACACUGUAUAAUGGAUUGCAACGUGCUCUUCGAGUACGUCAUUAAUAAUAAAAGUCUCUUAUUCAGAUAUUGUUAUUAACGAUGUCGCCAACUAUUAUACAAUGCAUGUGUUUUAAAAAGUAUUAUACAUGCACAUUAAAAAAAGUUGGAAAGUGUGUGCUAAAUAUAUUAAUAAGACACUUUUUAUUUAUUUAGUAUAAUUUGAAUGUAUAAACGUUUGUUACUUUGUUUUAUCUAAAUUUAUUGCAUUGAAAUUUUUAUUGUGCGAUAUAUACGACCUUUUUGAGGUUUCAAUUACAAAACAAC